GAUUAUAACCGAAAGAUUCCUCUGGGAGAUUCAAUAUUCCAUUUCUACUGGACGGAGCUGUCGGUGGAUGACAAAGAAGUCUACAUAUUCUCACCGGAGACAAACAAUAUUUUGUUGAUCAUCUACACCAACAGGAUCUUUAGGAGCACACCUUUUGUGCCGGGAAAAGGUGUCGACAGGGGGCUCAACUUUCAGGUGUAUAGCUCUAAAACUAACGUGUUUGACGCAUUUCCUGGGGCAGAAGGCUUAGACCUCGGCCUGGGAGUCUGGAACGUUCGCAAUAAACACUCCGAGCUGGAACUGACGAUGGACAAAGGCAACGACGUCCUAUUCGAAGCCGUUUACAAGGAUGCAAACAAUGCCAAAAAGGAAAACAGCAUGCCGAUGGAGAUUGUCCACGAGGAAACGACCGGAGAGGUGGAAGACAGCACUUGCUACCUGUUUCAAGUCAGAGCCACUGAUGAUGUCACAAAGAGGGUCCAGAUGACUGUAACUCCCCCGAAAGGAUACAUUUUGGAUUUCCGGACCAAGGUUAUCAAUGACUUUUGGGGCGUUCUCGACAUAAUGGAUGAAGAACCUGUAAACAUGACAUCUAAAAUACUCUACCCUGUUACAAAGUCGGAGUUGGACCAGAACCCUCGAACAGCCUAUGCAGUGGUUGUGCGUGUGGUGUCUAGGGAUUGGAACAACAAACGGUGGCGCCGGGAUGCGGACAGCAAGCAGAAGCCUGUGAUCAAAACGACAGCACGCAUGCGCAUGUCGUAUAUGAAAUGCGCACUCUUUGACAUGAAAAAGAGAGUCUGGACCAGUGCCCACGCUAAUAACCAGAUUCACGUAUUACGCACCAACUACCACUGGGAUGCACCCGACCAGUAUCUGAUGUGUGUCGGCACGGGUACUUGGCCUGGUUCUGGGACAACCAGCGGUGUGGCGAUAACUCUCAUUGGCCAGUCCGGCUCCAAUGGGCCUUUCCAUCUGGAGAGCCCGUGCUUUUUCAACACUGGCUCUGAGUUAUGGUUCUUAGUGGGCUCCAGUGUGGAGCUGGGAAUCUUGUACGGCGUCAUGGUGGAUCUCCAUUUACGAGGACGUAACAGCAACUGGUUCCUGAAGAAAGUUCAGGUGUACUCCCGGCGCACCGAUGAGUUCCUAACCUUUGUAUGCGACGCCUGGCUCAACUCGAAGAAACCACGCGCCAUACUGCCAGCCUCCGCCGUCAAUCGAGGCUGGGUUGGCAUCAGUCUGCUUAGGUUUUUGCGGUGGAUGAAGAACUUACACGUCAUAUUAGCCCUUCUGGUGGCUGUGCCCGGCUACAAGUACAAGCGGGUACAGCAAGGCGUCCGAGCCUUCUGUGUGUUCCUGGCCUGCAUGCACACAUGCCUGGAGACGAUUGGUCUACCCAAGGUGCGUCUGCAGGGCCAGUAUGUUGAGCCAGCGAACCUGAAGGAUGCCGCUUACAAAGGACUCUUCGUUUCCUUCAUCUCCAUGCUCACCAGUCUCUGCAUGUCCAUUAUUUUCUUGUGCUGCAUGCGGACAAGGAAACACAAUCUGAACUGGCCAAAGUAUCCCCGUCAGGAGAGAACUCGGGUUGAAAGCAAGAUGAAGUCAGUCUUGUUGCGUGUGCUUGAUGCUACUGCUCAGGAACGUCUCAAAAAUUUUGCAGGGACAGAAUCAGUCACUUCCGAAACCAUAAGGGAAAGGCAGCUCUCUUCAGACCCUACCAAGAUCAGUACGAAGUUUUUAAUCCAGCAACGGCUGUCAAUUAUGAAAGGUCACAGACCUUCAGGGGGAUACCACGAUGAUUCUUCGGACUCCUCAGAAAGAACUUUCAUCUUCAAGGACCAAGAUACAGAGCCAUCCUCUACUGUGGAUAAUAAUGACGAAGUGUUCCUUGAUGUUGUUGAUCUCAAUGACAGCCAUACCGAGCGCCGUUGGGGGGACCGUUGCAACAAUGCAGCAGCAGCCCAUACCUCCGUCACAAAUACCAUGCCGUCGGAGCGAUCCUCUAGGAUUUCAAGAUUGUCUUCGAGACGAACCAUGGCCAUGAGACAGUCCAACCUUUCAAAGACGUCAGUAAGGUCCGCGACAUCAGCGGUGUCAAGAGACCAGCUUUCUCGCAGUCGCAGUCACAAGGGGUUGCCACAUUCACUGUAUCAGCUCCACUCAAGGGCUGUGAGUGCGCGGGGUCGAUCUCAAGCCUCGAUCUCUUUAGUAAAGACGGAGAUGGAGCUCGAGUCCGAAGCAGUUCGCCACCGAAAACGGAGAAAAAAUUUUAUCCUCAGCGUGACGUAUAAAGCAUGGACGUCUGUUCUGUGGAUAACCGUAGGACUUUUUUGUAUGGUGGGAACUUACAGGAUCAUCUGGUACAGCCUGCACCAUAGUUAUGAGCGUAACGUUGAAUGGCUCGCCAUGGCCUUUGUGGGUAUGCUCGUGGAAGCGUGUCUCCUGGAGCCCAUAGGGAUUCUCUGCUUUGCUGUCGGCUACACGCUGAAUAUGGGCAGGAUGGGACAUGACGAAGAUACAGCCCGAAGCAGAUGGAGAGAUGUGGUUGAGGCAGUCAAGAUCUACGUCCCACUUUACAACACAGGCUACACGCCAAGGUUCUUUUUGUGUCCUGCUUUCCGUCUGGCUCACGCGAACUCCAUGACCCUGUUCUCCCUGCAUCACAAACUGCUUACUGCCGCUAGGACUGUACACAGGCAAAUCCGCGUUUGAUAUACCCAUUUUGCAACUUUCCCCUAACGGACAUGCGCUUGGAAAAGAGAACAUUCAAAGACACAUGGCAACAGCCUUACCCCCAUUCGUACAAGGACACAUCAGAAGCAAAAACAGAUUUGUUCACUUACGAGCCUGGAGAUUACUUCAAUUACUUUACGACUGGAACUGAUAUACUUCCGUCCGGAGGGUACAACAUUCAGCUAGCCCCAAAUGACACUGAAACAAUUGACCGCGUGAUUGAAGUGCGUAAUUCUGACUGGGUGGAUGAAAACACAAGAGCAUUGUUCCUGGAGUUUUUUAUCUACAAUACCGACUUGUACCUGGCCAGUUCUGUCACCAUUUGCUUCCAGUUUAAGCGAGCGGGAAUCUUUCAGGAGAGCUUCGUGAGCACCUAUCCAGUCCGGCUUCGUCAGGAUACGUACUACUUAUUCGUUGGCGCCUUCAUCUUCUUUGUCCUGCAGGUCAUAUAUGGCCUCUUCUCUGAGCUCUUCACGCUUUUCAACAAUGGUUUUGGCAAGUACUUCAGGAGAGGCCAGUCUUAUUUUGAGCUGGGUAAAUUAACAGUGUGUGGUUUUUUCAUCGGAGGCACCGUUCUAAAGUAUAUGGAAAUAGAACAUUUCUUCGACACAUUCAAAGAUGCGCCCAAGUACGAUCGCUAUGUCAGUUUCGCCUUCCUAAACUACCUGGUGUUUGCAAUGAAUUCCCUCUGCUGUAUUCUUGCCUUCGUGGUCCUGUUCCAGAUUCUGCUCAAAGCCAAAGACAACAAGAGGCUGUACACUUUGUUCAAGCUGGUCUUGUCCACUGUCCAGCUCGGCCUGCAACCCAUGAUUGUCUGUUUCGCGUUCGCUUCUUGGGGCUAUGUGGCCUUCGGGAGGAGUGAGUACGAGUUCUGUUCCUACAAGCUGGCGUUCAUGACAGUGUGGCUGGGUGCCCUGAAGCCGCUGGAUAUCUGGCAUGAAUUACAGCUUUUCUUUCCAGUCCUGGGCCCCAUGUUCGUGCUGUUCCAGUAUGCUAUCGUGACGAUGCUGAUCCUCAACUUCUUCAUCGUGUUCAUCAACGAGGCGUACAGCUCCAUCCAGCUGGAGAGAAAACUGACCAUGCAUGGCAAGAAGUCCAAGAGCCUGAUGCAAUACCUGAAACAAUUUCUGCGCCAAGAAAGCGGGCGUGUGGAGGCAGACCUUCUUUCUGGGGAUGACCGGGGAAGCUUCUGGAGGACGGAGAUCGUGGACUGGAGGAAUAGGGGCUUCAUUACUGAGUGAGGCUGGGUGGUGGGAGUGGUGGGGGUGGGGUUAAGGGUGGGCUAGGGUGG